AUGGGUUUUGCGAUAUCGUGGCCAACAAUGGGUAGAUUUACGAACAGUUAUUUGUUGGUGGUAGUUUUGUUCUUGUGUAGGACAAUAGUUUGUGACAGUCAGUGUCCAAAGUAUGCGGAGAAGCCGCUUGAGACGAGAGUGCAAGACGCCUCCAUAGUUUUUAGAGCUGUGGUCGUACAGACACAUUAUCAGAGUAAGACACUAGAUUUGGCCUUAGUGUCAAUAUACAGAGGAGGUGUAGAAUUGGCUUCUAUAAGCCAAUAUGCUGGUUCACCAUACAAUACUACAGAUAGACAGGUGAAUUUAAAAAUAAGUCCACAACUGGGUGACUGCUUCAAUUGGAGUAUGGCGCCUUCUCAGAGUGAGCUGGUGGUCUUCGCACGGAUCAGUGAUCCUGCAGUAGACUUGGAGACCACGCCACCAGAUGGGCCGUGGUUGGAGGCGACAGCUGCUGCUGUGCCAUGGAGCCUCGGCGUUGAUAUUGCUAUAUGGAACGCUGUUGGUUGGGCAGGGUGGGGAGAGUGGGGGGCUUGCAGUAGGACCUGUGGAGUGGGGAGACAAACCAGGAGGAGAUACUGCUCGAAACCCACCUGCGAAGGGUAUGGGGAACAGGGAAGGGCUUGCAACUCUUUUGACUGUGAAGGUACAAUAAACCCGCUGGCGCCGGGCGCUAGGCGUAAUUUCCACCCAGCGCAAGCGAGGUGGGGACCUGUAUCAGAUCGACCACAUGCCUUCAGCCUGAGGCCGAAUUCCUACAUUUGGAUCGCAUCAUCAGAGCUGUUUUCUGCUGGGAAAACGUUCCCUAGAGAAUUCACAUUGUUCAUCUCAUUGAGGUUACGGCCGGAGAGCGGCGGUUAUGGCCAAGGGACGCUGUUCUCCUUGCGGUCACGAAGACGCACAGGAUCCUUCCUCUCCCUGGAGCUAGCUGGUAGAGGAGCAGCCAGACUGGUGCAUGCUGGUUCAGGGUCAUCACGCUCCAUAUACUUAGCUGUACCUUUGUAUGACUUUCGCUGGCAUCAUAUUGCUAUCAGUGUUCAUGAUGACAACACAGUUCGCGCUUAUGUCGACUGCCGCUGGCUUCGGACCGACGUCCUCGAGAAGGAUGCUCUCGACACGCCCAGGGAUGCUGAUCUCAUUAUAGGAUAUCUUUUCUCUGGCGAUCUAGAGCAGCUGGUUUUGGUGCCAAAAGCCGGCCAAGCACAGAAACAGUGUUCCAGCCAAGUUGUCGGCAUCUCCACGCCUUAUGUCACACACGAGACGUAA